AUGACCCUCAAGCGCAAGCGUUCCGAGCCCGAGCUCUGCUCGUCACCCUCCUCAUGCUCCUCAAUCUUCAGCUCACCACCUAGCAACUCCGCAAUCGACGUAAACCCACAAACCUUUUACAACAUGCCAGCCGCCCACCUGAACAGUCGAACAAUGAAACGAUUCCGAAAUAACAGGCCGUCAGAGGAGAAAGUCCACCAGCAUACAUUGAAUCUACUAUUCUCAGCGCAGCAGCAACAAUCACAAACUGUCCGAGAAACCAGCUUCCAGCCUCUUCCCCAAACAGGGUCUGCGCUUGAGCCGCGGAAGCAGCAGUCUCUCCAUCGCUUUUGGAGCAUCAAUUCAGCGCCUACGCCCGUCAGUGAAUCGACCGUUGAACAGCCCGCUCUCGCACCGACGAGUUGCGAGGACUGUGGAGCGGGUCUGGGACCCGGCGACAACGCUCAUGACAUGGCUGUGAACGAUUUGACGGCGGAUAAUACGACGUGUGGCGCAUGCGGGAAGCACGUUUGCUUCAGCUGCUCGGUGAGCAACUUGGGCGAGGAGAAGCGGUGCCUAUGUUGCGCAGGGAGGAAAGCAUUUGGCAAUAUUGGGUGGCUCAACAUGGGGCUGUCCCUAUGCUGA